CAAUACUGGUCGUAUACAUAUGUGUGUGCGUUUGUGGGUGGUGGGGGGUAUGAUUAUGCAUAAAACAAACAACAAGUAGCUGCAGCAAAACAACAUAUAGCGGUAAACGAACCCACACAUGAGCAGCAAACAAGUUUCAACGCCGAACGGUCUCAAAAAUCGCGCAAUUGGCCGCCAUGGAGUUCAUUAGCCAUUUCUUACGAGCGACGAGCAGACGCACCGCCUUAUUGGGUCCAAUCCUGCAGAGAAAUCGUAGCGAAAUCUUUCAAAAACAGUAAGGUUUCCAUGCCACAACUAUGGCUGCGUGUGUGUAUGUUGGGUGGCGGGGCAGCACAGCGUUGCCACCUACACGCACACUGAUAACGCGGUUGUUUUUGGUGAAAUUUCACAACUGGCCAAGAUCUUUAAUCAAUCGACAGGCAUCCAGCAGAUACAGAUCCAGCUGCAGCACCAUGGACACCACAGUUCACUCCGCCGGCAUUAAUGAGACCCACCUGGUGCCCAUGAGCGUCAUCCAGCGACCCAUUCCCUCCGUUCUGGACGAGCAGAAGGUGCAAUCCCUGAUGGAAACCAUUAAGAACGAAGCCAGCGAGGAGGAGGUGCCUCCCAUCGACCUGCUGUGGAUCACGGGCAGCGAAGGAGGCGACUACUACUUCAGCUUUGGCGGAUGCCACCGGUUCGAGGCGUACAAGCGGCUCCAGCGACCGACGAUUAAGGCGAAGCUGGUGAAGUCCACCCUGGGCGAUCUAUAUCACUACAUGGGCUCCAGUGCACCCAAGUACCUGGCCUAAUCUUUGUGCAUUUGUUGUUUCAUUGUUCGUUUUUGAUAAGAAAGUCGUGAUCGCUGGAUAAAGUUCGAAUUUCACGGCCAGAGCAAUAAGAAUAGCUUUAUUCUUUGUUUUUGUUUUUUUGUUCCUUUCUGUUUCUGUUUCAAUUUUUUUGUUUUUUUUUGGCAAACGUUAAAUUUGCGUACAUACUGAGCUUAUCGCUGGACUCUGAGUUUGUUUACCUAAUCUGCCAC